AUGGAAGAAAAACCACACCAGAGGCACAGAAGAAAUGUAGUGCCAGAAACAGGAUUGUGUGCCAAUAUGACUUCUCAUUUCUUUCAUCCGACAGAAAGAAAAUGCUGCUACUCUUGUCCUAAAGAUCACGUUGGACUCAAAAGCUGUCCAAAGAGCAUUGAUGAAUGCAAGUCCUGUGAGCCAGACCAAUAUCUGUCGAACCACAUAAAACCUGUCUGCAUGGCGUGUGUGAAGUGCAGAGAAGAGGAAGACCUUGUAGAAAAAACUCCUUGCUCUAUCAACUCACAGAGGACCUGUGUUUGUCGGGAUGGAAUGUUCUGUGAAAGCCCCAAACAAGGAGUUUGUCUGCGUUGUUCUCAUCACACAGCCUGUGCACCUGGGUAUGGCGUCAAACAUAAAGGUACACAUGACAGUGAUACAAAAUGUGAAGUAUGUCCACCUGGAACCUUUUCAUCCAACUACAGUACACAUGAGCUCUGCAAAUCUUUCACCAACUGUUCAGCAAUUAAUAAAAGAAGUGUAAACCAAGGAACCAGUACAACUGAUGAGAUCUGUGAAGAUGAUGUUGAAAAGACUGACGUGACAAAACAUUUGCUGACUCCGAGACCAACGAACAUACAAACUGUAUACACUACCACCAGUAAUAAACAAACAACCGUUGACAUACUCACAUUGCCAAACAGAACACGCACCGGAGGUUGGACAUCUACUACCUCACUGGCAUUUCUUUCGACCCUGGACUAUAUAAAUAAACACACCAGCAAAACAGUCUCUCAACAAAUAUUCCAUAUGACAACAGUUGUUACUCCAACUAACAGACCUUCUCUUUUAGACCAUUGGAUACUAUUGAUAUUACUGACGGCCUGCUUGUGUGCUGCUGUAGUUAUCACUACUGCAAGUUUCCUCUUUUGGAAGACAAGAAUUUGCAAGAAGUGGAUAUUUUGUCUCAAGGAUCACAGUUUUGUUGUGGUUGAUGAAAUGCAACAAGCACUAAGGCAGUCACAGCUUCCAGGAGACAUUGAUGAAAUCCAUUCAUGA